UCUAUCUCUCUUCCCCCCACCGAAGCUAAAGCCCAAAGAGCGGCAGCAGCAGAGCAUGGAUUUCUUCCUCUACCUGGGUUUCCUCUCCUAUCUGACUGGUAUCUCUGUCCGGGCAGAAAGCGCACUAUGCCCCACUGGUUGGGAAGUGGGCCCCAAUAAGAGCAAGUGCUUUGGAUAUAUAGAGAAAUCUGACUCUUGGGAUGGGUCGGAGGCUACUUGUCAGGGCUAUCGUGGUCAUUUGGCAGCACUGACGUCAGUUCAGGAAUUGAAUUUUGCUCAGAAGCUCUGCAUCGAUAAAGUCAAUGGCUGCUGGGUUGGAGGACGAGGCUUCAAUUCUACAAUUGGAUUUAGCUGGAAAUGGUCUGAUAAUGUGUCGAGUUGGAAUGAGUCAGUCUUCCCAGGGGCACCAUUUCACUUCGACUGCAACAAUGCCUCAUGCCACAAUAUUAAUUCAGUCAAUUCAUGUACACUGGUGACUAAUGGCCGUGCAGCUCUUGUUGGUGAGAGAUGUAAUACGUCUCACGAGUUCAUAUGCAUGCUCGAUAUAGAAAACAAAUGUUACCACAUGCGCUGCCACAAGGAGUAUCUCAUAAUCCUUGCAGUUGUUAGUGGGUUGAUCCUCUCCACUACACUAGCUGUUGUGAUUUGGCUCCUUGCAUAUAGGCGCAGUAAGAAACGCAGAAGGUCACGGAAAGUAUCUAGUCCAUCAUCAGCUGCGUUAGUUCCUCCAUCAUGGAAAGUCUUCACCAAAGAAGAGCUUAGGUCGAUUACAAAGAAUUUUAGUGAAGGAAACCGGCUUCUUGGAAAUGCCAAGACAGGAGGCACAUACAGCGGGCUAUUGCCUGAUGGAUCAAGAGUAGCAGUGAAGAGACUGAAGAGGUCCAGUUUUCAGAGGAAAAAGGAAUUUUAUUCUGAGAUUGGAAGAGUUGCAAGGCUUCAUCAUCCCAAUCUCGUGGCCGUGAAAGGAUGUUGCUAUGAUCACGGUGAUCGCUAUAUCGUUUAUGAGUUUGUUGCAAAUGGGCCCUUGGACCGAUGGCUUCAUCACAUCCCAAUGGGCGGCAGAAGCUUGGAUUGGGCAAUGAGAAUGAGAGUUGCCACGACACUUGCACAAGGAAUUGCCUUCCUGCAUGACAAGGUGAAACCGCAUGUUGUACACAGAGAUAUCCGUGCAGACAAUGUACUUCUCAAUGAAGAGUUUGAGGCCCACCUCAUGGGUGUGGGCCUUUCAAAGUUUGUUCCAUGGGAAGUGAUGCAUGAACGGACUGUAAUGGCUGGCACCCAUGGAUACUUGGCUCCAGAAUUCGUGUACAGGAAUGAACUCACAACAAAAAGUGAUGUUUACAGUUUUGGUGUGCUGCUGCUGGAAAUCGUUAGUGGGCGUAGGCCUGCACGGGCAGUCGAAUCUGUGGGUUGGCAGAGUAUAUUUGAAUGGGCUACCCCACUGGUUCAGUCCCACAGGUACCCGGAACUUUUGGAUCCACUCAUUUCCGACAUUCCUGAAGUUGGGGUGAUACAGAAGGUGGUGGACCUUGUUUAUGCUUGCACGCAGCACGUCCCAUCAGUGCGGCCGAGGAUGUCGCAUGUGGUCCAUCAGCUGCAACAGUUGGGAUUGAGAACAGCCUCUGAACAGGCUAGAAGCGCGACAAGCUCAACUUCUGGGUCUAGAAUGUCGCCACUGCAGGUGGAGUCCAUUCUCUGAGGUAGCUUCAGUUUUAGAACUUGGCUUAGUCCAAACCUUCUAUUACUACAAUUAUAAAUGUUAUCUGUAUCAUGUACUGCCAAGCUGUGUUACUCUCAAAUUUAUCAUUAACCCAACAUGUAUUCUGCUUUUUCC